AUGGGAGAAGAAGCACACCAACGACAAUCUCAGCCUCAGACUUUUAGAAAGAGAGGUAGACCACGAAAGAUUUUUGAGAGGACUGAAAGUGAAGAAAUUAAAGAAGAGGAAGCAGCUGAAGUUACUGAGAGCCACUCAAAAGAAUUAAAAACUACUGAGGAACAACAAACAAAACAUGAAGAAGAAGAAGAAGAGCAAAGGCCACAGGCAAAGACAGAAGCAGAGGCUUCAUCGACUUCCAUGGGAAGCAUGAAGAAAGGAGAGGGACAAUCAGUGGCACUAAAGGAGCCUCCAACAAGUAGAACAAGAAGAAAAAGCAAACCCAGAAAGAGCAGCUAA